ACUCAGACUAUUUAAAAAAAAAAAAAUCUUCUUUAAAUGUUUUUUGACUCAGACUCUUGAUUUGUUUGACGGUUGUUAUGGCGGUUGCCAAGGGCUCUGCUGAAUCGGGAGGUUGACUCUCCACCACUUACAUAGAGGCCAAGGAAAUCUCAGCGGAAAUAGAAGCUUUCACGGUGGAGUCGCUAUGCCAUCAGAACGUGCAAGGCUUCUUCGGAGGCCUUUGCCCCCUAAAAAGAAUCCCCCCAUUGUGAAAUCACUUCCUUCGCCUAUACUUUCAGGUACUAUCAUAGACUCAUUGCCCUCAACAGAGAGAAGGGAUCUGAAGGACAGUGCCACCGGGCGGAGUGAGUCAAGCUGCCACAUGCUUCCUCUUUGGGACUAUGACCCUGCAGCCUUUAGGGUGGCUCCCACUCCUCUGACCUCGGUCCCAUCCAUGCUAAUACCUGAAAUAAUUGAGGGAUUCCCCUGUAAACCUCCACGCACUCUCCCCAAAAUCCCCCUCCUCGACCUCCUCAAGACAGACCACAGAUACAUCCCCUUUCCCCCUAGUUUUAGCUUCAAUGACUUUCUGCGGGACCCUAAUGGCGGCUGUGGGGCUCAGUCACUAGAGGGCCUGAAGAAAGUGGCACUGUCUCGCUGCAACUACAGGAAGCUGGUUGGGCUUUUCCUGAUGGAGCUGCACAAAGGGCAGCAGACUGAGGUGUCCAAGCAGCUGAUGUCCACUGAGAAAUUGCCAGAGGCCAAGAGCAGGAUCCCACAGAAGCAAAUCAUAUGCGAGCUGGCAGCAUUGAUCCGUAUGGAGGUGCAAACUCAGAUGAUGUGUCGGCGGAGCUGUUUGGGAGAUGGGACCUGCAGGUCUGAACAGAAGUCUGUGGAGAUAUGGGUACCCCCAGGGGAAAGACAAGCUGUUCAGAAGCAGGAAAAUCUAUACCUAGGAACGGAGGUGAUCCUGAACUCUGUGACUACCAAGCACUUCCAGGGCUCUCGGCGGACCCACUCCCCGUUCAGGCACUCUGGAGAGGGCAUCAACCCAUCUGAGCUGGCCAUACUGGACUGUCUGACAGAGGGGGGCAAGGCACUCACCCUGAAGGCCCACUUCAUUGCCCUGCUUCCUGAUCUGACUCCUCUGGCUCAGAGCCUGCUCUACCUCAACCUGUCCUUCAAUGACUUCACUAUAUUCCCAGUGGAGGUGUAUGAGCUCACACAGUUGGAGGUGCUGAAGAUGAGAGACAACCCCAUAGAGGAGAUUCCUACCGGCAUCCACAGACUCACCAGGCUCAAAACCUUUGUCAUCUCCUUCUGCAAGAUCACCUCCCUGCCGUCAGAGUUGUACCAGCUGCCCACCCUGCAGUUUCUAGAUGUAUCCUACAACCUUCUCUCAUCCCUAACAAAUGACAUCAGAAAACUCAGGACUCUGGAGUACCUGAAUGUGGAGGGGAACCAGCUGCCUGGCCUGCCCUGUGGGGCCCUGCGCCUCUCCCUCACCCAGCUCAGGAUCUCCAACAACUACAUGCACCCCUACUUUUGGAAGAGCUGCAGCUGGAACUCUCCCCAGGAUCUGCAACACUCAGCCACGAUGACCCUCUCUCUCACAGACACCUGUCCGCGCUACGCCAGCCUUCCCCCUGAGGCACAGAAGGCCCUUAACAGGGUGGGUGUGUGUGACUGCUGUAGGGGUCCUAUGUACGGACCUGGACUCAAGGUAAUCCGGCCCUGCUACAAUAUCUUCGGACUACACAGGGUGCCCUUCAUCUUCUAUGCCUGCACCCCAGCAUGCCACUGGAACUUCAAGAUCCAGACCAAGAGUCUCUCCAGUCUUCUGUAUGGAGAAGACACAACUCACAAUAGUGAACAACUAACAUGACUGAAGGAACCAAUACUGAGGCUACUAUAUCUUGGCCUUAAUAGCCAAAGACCUCUGAAUAUCUAUCUCAUCAGCUCUAUUAAUCUUGUGCCAAAUUGUAACCUUACCAUAAUGUCUACUGAUGUCACUAACUUUAUAUAGCCUUGAGUAGUUGUCUGCAAAACAUGUAUUUUGCACAGCAAGUGCAUGUGAAAACUCCCAUAAUUAUGGCACUUUUAAUGUCUUUAAAUUUUCCAUUGACCUCCAAUUAAAAUAAAGUAUUUCUGAAUACUA